GAACUUAUAUAUAUUUCAUUUAGACUCUGCUCCUUAAUAAACCGUGCGGUAAGGAAGGUGGAGAGAGGCUGCAGGGAGGCACACAGCAACUCUACGCUCCCAAAAAUAGUAAGCUCACCUGCCAAGUCAAGGUUCUGUCUUACUCUUUAUACUAGGAUGAGCCAGGAAGAUUACGGGGCUUCCCUGCAUAAUGCCCCCGAUGGAACAUUUUAUAGAUUCCCCCUACGUCUGGUCCAUGGGGUAGCUCUCAUGAAGCCCAUUGCAGAUGGUUGGCAGAAGGUGGAGAGCUUCCAGGCUCGACCAGAUGACUUGCUAAUAGCCACAUAUCCCAAGGCAGGUACCACGUGGAUGCAGGAGAUUGUGGAUUUAGUAGUCAAUGAAGGAGAUUUGGAGAAAGUCAAGCGUGCUCCCACUCAUAUCCGUUUCCCAUUUCUGGAGAUCUGCUCACCUCCUCCGAUCCCCAGUGGGAUUGAUAUACUGGAAGAGACCCCAUCUCCAAGAAUAAUAAAAACUCACCUGGCAUAUAAACUGGUUCCCAAGUCAUUCUGGGCUCAAAACUGUAAGGUAAUCUACAUUGCUCGGAAUGCUAAAGAUAAUGCUGUGUCUUACUAUUACUUCGAUUUGAUGAACAAAACUCAACCUGACCCCGGUCCCUGGGAGAAGUAUGUGGAGAGCUUUCUAAAAGGGGAUGUGGGCUGGGGCAGUUGGUUUGACCACGUGAUUGACUGGUGGAAAGCAAAAGACAAACACAGAAUCCUGUACAUGUUCUACGAGGAUAUGAAGGAGGAUCCAAAGCGUGAGAUCCGGAAGGUGAUGGAUUUCCUGGGUAAGAAUCUUUCUGAGAAUAUUCUGGAGAAGAUCUAUCAGCACACCUCAUUCCAGGCCAUGAAGGACAACCCCAUGGCCAACUACACUUCCUUCCCUUCUUCCAUAUUGGACCAAUCAUGCUCUCCAUUCAUGAGAAAAGGGGAAGUUGGCGAUUGGGUGAAUCACUUUUCAAAAACUCAGAAUGAGGUAUUUGAUGCCGAGUACAAAAGAAGAAUGGAGGGAAUGCACCUUAAUUUUCGUUACAGUAUCUAAACAAUGCACAAAAUGAGCUGCAAAAAUAAAGUGUAACUAAAUAUAGCGUAUAGCCUAAAAAUAUAAUUUCAAGUAUGUCAUAUAACCAAUCCCAUCUGCUAAAAAGUAAAUAACCAGAUAUAAUAAACCACAGAGUGCACCACCACCAUCAGAAGAACUACGAUGGACUUCAAUAUACCAACAAUCAAAACUAAUGAUCCAGAUGAAGGAAAUUCUAGUUCUAUGGCUCAAACUCAUACGUAAACAGACUUCCUUCUGGUAAUAACAUCAACUGGAGUUAACAGAAUAAUAGCUGUAGUAUUUUCUAUUCAAUUUCAAAUCUAAAUUCCACCAGACUUGAACAGCUGAUUCCGUGGUGAUCUCAAUUCAAUCACGCAAUACGGUUUAGUAUGUUGCUAACUAAAUCGGCAAGCACAUGGCUUAAACUCAAUAGGCCCCUUAUUAGGAGUAAACUUGCAGUGUGGCUGUCUGCUUGGUCCAGUUGUGUGUUGCUACUGGUUCAUUGAAUCCAUCCAUAAAUAUAUACCUUUGCACACGA